AUGGCCCGAGAUACAACUACAUCCACCCACCGCCGUUUGGGUAUGCCCCUCCUCCUCAACAUCAACCUCCUCCUCAACAUCAACCUCCUCCUCAACAUCACCCUCCUCCUCAACAUCACCCUCCUCCUUACCCUCCUCCUCCCCAUCCUUACCCUCCUCCGCCCCAUUCUCACCCUCACCCUCCCCAUCCUCACCCUCAAGAUCCCCCUCCUCAGUACUGGAUCGGGACCCCCGUCCGACACCCACCGCAUCCCAACUGCUGCCUCAUGA